GAGAGUCGUCAACUUCAAUGUGUGGAUUUUCCUUGUGGUGGCAGCCUUUUUGAUUGCAAUCUUUGUGCACGAGCAGUACGUGUCGAAAAACAAGCAGAUCUGGGUGCAGAGCGUGCCCUUGCAGCGAAAGGCAUGCCAGAUCUUAACGGUAUGGGCAAGCUUCAGUGGCUUCUUGCUGUCUGCCAUGGUAAUACCGCUUUCCCUGGACUUUGCAGCUUCCCUCGGCCAAUCCGCCACGGCAUCUGGACUCUACAUGGGGCUCAGUUUGAUUGCAGGAGUUCUAGGAACGAUUAUUGGGCGGCCGCUCAUCAGUGAAACUGCCUGGUCGCAAUUCUUUGUACGGAGGCUGCUGAUUACCAUUUUUUCGUUCAGUACUUUGAUGUCACUGGUCCUGGCCUGCUUCUACAACUGGACUGCAAAGAGCAAUGAAGUAUCUUUCAUUUGGUGGACCGGUAUCGUUGGGACUUGUAUCUUGAACUCUGUUUCGUCUAUCCCAAUGAUUGCGCUCACUGUCUUGUGGACCAAAGCCACCCAUCCAGGCAAUCGUACGGUUUGGAGUUUCUUGGGUCAGUGUGCCCGUAGUGCUGGUAUGACUGUUGGGCCUGUGGUUUUUUCACUGAUGAGCCGGGGGGUCAUUGCCGGCGGCGAGCCGGUGAGUCCUCGAAGUAUGAUGGCCUGGGUUUAUAUCUACUCAGUUGGCUUCACCUUGGUCUCCCUGUCGGUUUGCACUUUCUUAAUGCCAACCGAACUUCCCCCCGUGCUGCCGCCAGCCACUCCUACAGAGAAUGAGGGGUCCGCCUCCCAAGUUUCAGGGGAGGCCCGGCCUGAGGAGCUGGAUGAGCCAGACCGUCAAACCGUGUAUUGGAAGAUGGUGGCCCACUUUGGUGAGCGGCCAUUCACGCUUGCAGCGGUUGAAGUCUCAACAACCAUGAUGCUCGAGGUCCUCUAUGGCUGGGAUGCUUAUCAUUGUGGCUUCUGCUUCACAGUUAUGUGCCCGGUUGGCAUUGUCCUGGCUGUCGUCACAAAGGUCAUGAUCAACACGGGCUACCUGCAGGAGUCCUCUGUCUACUUCUCAUCCAUGAUUGCCUCAGUGAUCGGUUGCGCUCUGCUUUUCGAUGAAGGCCAUGCAGGCCCAGCGACCCUCAUCGCUGCGGGCACAGUGAUUUACACCGGAGCUGCCCUGGCCAACAGCAUCGCAGAUGGUUGGGGGGCACGGGCAGCAAAGGAAGGCACCUCGAUCGGCCAGGCACAGUUUCAGCUCUUGAAGCUGCUGCUUAUCAGCCUGACCCGCUUCAUGGGCGACAUCGUCGGACGCUUUUUGGUCGACUUCGGGGGGCGCAACACAUAUGCAGGCUUCCAGCUCCUGCUUUGCUCAGUGGGAGCACACACCGCUUACAGAGCUUGCCGGCCACUCUGGGCGAAGGAGCGGCAGAGCAAGGAGGAGGAUGAAGAAUCGGAGGGAGUGCCUUGGAAGUUUCCCCAGGCCCCAGAGGAUUCCCCGAAUCCAUCAGAAGUGCGCUCCCCUGCGCCUAGCUAG